GCACUACUCCAUAGGGAGGACAAAAAAGAAGGAACUGUCACCUUGCGCUCUCACCGCCUCUCCCAGCGCCGCCGCCCGCCCGCCGCCUCUCCCGCCGGCCACCGCGUCGAUCCCGCCGUCCGCCACCCGUGCCUGCCUCCACCGCGCCCUUUCCCGAACCUUCACCGGCGUUCGCCAACCUCCGCCGAGCGCCUUGGCCCUGCCCUAGCCCUUCCCGAAUCCGGACGACUGACGGCGGCGCUCCGGUCAGGCGCCGGGAGAGAUGGUUUUACGUACCAGACGGCCGACUGUUGCAAUACGUAGUGGUGACGAAGAAGACUUUGAUGAUGAUGGUGAUGAUGAUUACAGUGACAACAACGAUUAUGAUUAUAUCUGCAAAUAUGACGCUAGCCGCAACCAUGGCAGUGGUGAUGACAAGAGCAGUGAUGAUUACAGCUGCACCGAUGAUGAUAGCAACGAUGAUGGUGAUGAUAUUGACAAUGAUGAUGGUGGUGGUGGUGAUGCUACUGAUAAUUUAUGUGCAAUAUGUGACAAUGGAGGGAAAUUGCUAUGCUGUGAAGGACAAUGUAAAAGGUCCUUCCAUCCCAGAGGAAAAGAUGGAAGGGAAUCUAAUUGUGAAACUCUUGGUUUAACUUCUGCACAACUACAGGAAAUUGAUCAUUAUCUAUGCAAGAACUGUGAAUAUAAGCAACACCAAUGUUUCAGUUGUGGAGAUCUUGAGCCAUCUGAUGGGCCAAAUGCUAAGGUGUUCCAAUGCUACAAAGCAUCUUGUGGGCACUUCUACCACCCCGGUUGUAUUGCCAAAUUACUUGAGCCUGAUGAUACUGAUGGAGCUGGCGAAUUGGAGAGGAGGAUUGCUGCUGGGAUGUCAUUUACAUGUCCUGCACAUUGGUGCUCAGAAUGUAGAACGAUGGAAGACAGUACUCAACCAGAACUUUGGCUUGCGGCCUGCAGACGCUGUCCAGUGUCAUAUCACAAAAAAUGUUUCCCAAGAAGCAUUUCCUUUGAGAGAAAGCGUGGCACAAGUGUACGCGCUUGGCACCUGGGUGAUAGAAUUAUGAUUUACUGUGGAAGCCAUAAACUAGAAGCUGAGCUUGGAGCACCUAGCAGAGACCAUAUAAAGUUACCAUCUAGUACAGAAAUGGAUACUGUUGGAACACAUUGCAUUGACCAAAUAAAGUCAACUCCCGUUCCAAAAAUUUAUAGAACAAGAAAUCUUGCUAAGAAGAAAACAGAAGUGACUGGUAAAAGGAAAAUGAACACUGAUCAAGGUUCAACUGGAACUGCGGAGCUGUCAAACAAGGUAUGUCGAGAAGAAGCCGACCAGAUAAAGUUAACUCCCAUUCCAAAAAUUUAUAGGACAAGAAAUCUUGCUAAGAAAACAAAAGUGACUGGUAAAAGGAAAAUGAACACUGAUCAAGGUUCAACUGGAACUGCGGAGCUGUCAAUCAAGGUAUGUCGAGAAGAAGCCGACCAGAUAAAGUUAACUCCCGUUCCAAAAAUUUAUAGGACAAGAAAUCUUGCUAAGAAAACAGAAGUGACUGGUAAAAGGAAUAUGAACACCAAUCAAGGUUCAACAGGAACUGCGGAGCUGUCAAACAAGGUAUGUCGAGAAGAAGCCGACCAGAUCCAAACAGUAGAUAUGAAUAACUUAAGGGAAGAUAAGAUUCCAAAAGGGAGAGGUGUCCUCGAGAAAGAGACCAUCCGUUUAAAUCAAGCACACAGUGAUGAGCUAGAAAAGCUUAUUGUGGAGGAACAGGCUGAAGAGGAUGAAAACAACACCAAAUCUGGAGAAGAGAGAGAAACUCGUAGUAGAGAAAAUACAUAUGGGGAAAAGGAGAAGACUCUUGGGAACAACAGUAAUAAAUUUGGAUUACCUGACGGGCGGUUUACCUUCAGAUCUGAUGAUGACCGAGAAGUUGAUGGAAGCCAUACUUGCCAGCAGGAGCUGAAGAGUCCUCACUACAAUGAUAAUAACAAAGCAACAGGAAUUGAUACUUCAAGUGACAAGUCAGGAAAGAGACAGAGACAGGAGGAACAGGCAACUGAUGGCAACAUGUUGGACUUGGAAAGGAACAAUAAGAAGUUUCACAUGGAAACUGGAAGAGAUGCUCAUCAAAGUCCUCAGCGUCUUCAUAAUCACAAAAAAACAGAUGCUCGUCAAAGUUCUUGUUCCUCAUCAAAAAAUCAUCCUCGGUGUAAUGAUGAUCAGAGAUCUUCAAUGACUUCCGAAUACAAAUCCAGAGAGGGAAGAGGAUCAAGUAGAGAAGAGUGGAGAAAUAAUAUGAGAGAAAAUUCUUAUAGGGGAGGGUCACCCUCGAGGAGAAGAAAUUCUCAAAAUAGAUCAAGGAGACAUUCUCCAGAAGGGCGAAGGACGGAGUAUCGUAACAGUCAUCAUAGAAGCAACAACCAACACAGAUAUGAGCAACAUCGACACGAUGAUUAUUUCAAAUGUCGUGAUGAUUAUUCCAAACGCCGUGAUGUUGAUACUGGUCGAAGGAGGUCGAGUCGUCGUGAGGAUCACUCUAGUGAUGGUGCUAGGAGGAGGUCGAGUCAUCGUGAGGAUCAUUCCAGUGAUGGUGGUAGGAGGAGGUCGAGUCAUCGUGAGGAUCAUUCCAGUGAUGGUGGUAGGAGGAGGUCGAGGCAUCGUGAGGAUCAUUCCAGUGAUGGUGGUAGGAGGAGGUCGAGUCAUCAUGAGGAUCAUUCCAGUGAUGGUGGUAGGAGGAGGUCGAGCCAUCAUGAGGAUCAUUCCAGUGAUGGUGAUAGGAGGAGGUCGAGUCAUCGUGAGGAUCAUUCCAGUGAUGGUGAUAUUGGCGGAAGGAGGUUGAGUCCCCAGCAGUCAGCACUUCCUUCUGGUAAUUUUGGUACUAGUCUCAGUCCCCCUUCACAUCCGACCACUGAAUAUGGUGCUAGCAGAAGGCAUGGUUCCCCUCCAUAUCAGAGAUCUGAACAUGCUGCUAGUGGAAGCCGUGGCCCCUAUAUGAACCCACGAGGAUCAGGCCCUGCAGACUACGAAAUGGAAAGGAGAAGUGUUCCCCUUCACCACGAUGUGCCCAAUGUCGAGGAGUACACUGGUCGACCACUGAAUAUGGUGCUACCAGAAGGCAUUGCUUCCGUUAAUACGUACUCUAUCCUUGGCCCCUAUAUGAACCCACGAGGAUCAGGCCCUGCAGACUACGAAAUGGAAAGGAGAAGUGUUCCCCUUCACCACGAUGUGCCCAAUGUCGAGGAGUACACCGGUCAACCACUGAAUAUGGUGCUAGCAGAAGGCAUUGCUCCCGUUAAUACGUACUCUCUCCGAGGGGAAUCUCCUGGUGCAUAUGGUCCUGGAACAGAUGCCGGCAUGGGCGAAGAAACCACAUUCCGUGGUGGGCGUUUCGGUGAUCAUGGUGUGAGGUCAGAUUAUCCACGAAGCAGCAGCAUGAAUGCAGAGGAUAGGGCUUUUGCUGCAGGGUCCGUUACGGAUAGGUAUGUCCCGCGCCUCGACCGAACGAACCACCCAGUUAGAGUUGAUGGUUAUCUGCCGGAUUAUCCCGUAUGGUAGGUUGCUGCUGUUGUGAUCCUCGUGUUGCCAGUCCCAGUCAGCCUAUGAAAUACCCUGCAGGGAACCAGCAGUUAAACCUCAAUUAGCCGCGAAGCGAAUCGAAUAUGUCAAACCUUAGUUUGUCAGAGUGGUUGGACGGUAACCUUCAACCCAAGGUGGUGCCAGCGUACCUUAACGAGUGUGUUUGAUGUUGGCCUCGGAUAUUGCCGAUUAACAGAAAUGAUCUGCUUAGUUUGCGGUUUGGUUGCUGGAGCGUGCUUGUUUUAUAAUCUGGUGUGGAAACUUACCCACAGAAGUAAGCAGAAGUGGUUCAGACAUAAGCGGGCCGAGCAAAUGGAAGUGUUGUAUAAUCCAGUGAAUGCCAAUCGCAGCCUAAGUCUUUGGUGGUCUUUUCUGUUGCUCCAAAUUUGUAUGUGGUAAUAAUCUGCAGUUGUUCCAAAUUUGUUGUAUUCCAGACCCGGAAGGUUUCUUCAGUUAUGCUAGAUAGACUUGUAGUGACCCUCACUGAGGGCGUGUGUUCAUGUUUGUGAAAAAUAGUGAAUGGUCGAUCCGUUGAAUCUGUGGUUGUGAUUGGUACCUCUUUUCUCAGGAUGCUAACUCAAAAUUUGAUGUGAUGAAGAACAAGUUUUGUCGAUUUAAGAUAAGAAAGUA